ACCACAUGAAAGAACUGCCUUGAAAUUGACGAAAUUGGAAAAAAAAAAUCAAGUCCUGUGAAACCAGUGAGCCAUGGACGAGAGGCUCCCGCCGCCGCCGCAAUUCCAGCUCGUCUCCCCCUCGUCCAUGUCGGCGCCGGCCUCGCCGUACUCCGCGCUCCACCCGCUCCUCCUCCCCUCCCCGAAUCCCCACCUCCUCCUCAAGCCCAAGACGUUGACCCUCUCGCUCUCCUCCUCCUCCCUCGCCUCGAUACCCUCCUCCUCCUCUCCCGCCCCAGCCGCCUCCGACGCCUGGGAGCUCGUCCAACCAACCGUGACCGUUGCUGCCGCUGCCCCCAUCGACGGCGGCCUCGACGACUGCGCCAUCUUCCCGCCGCGCCUCCACGAGGGCCUGGGCCUGGAGGGGGAGGAAGAGGAGGCCGCGGCUAAGGAAGAAAAGGAUGAGGAGGAGACUGAUGACGAAGAGGUGGAGUGGAUCUGGGGGUGGGGAAGGUGGCGCGCGGCGGCGAGGCGGGCGUGGGCGGCCGGGGCGGAGGGCGUGCUCGUGCACGGAGAGUGCGGGUGCCCCGGAGUGAGGCCAGCCGUAUGGUCGGCCGCGGCGGCGGCCGUUGUGGUUGGGGCGCUGUUGUACGUGCGCCGCCGGGACAGGAGGGAAAGGGACCUCCUCGUCCUGCUCUCGCAGGAGAAGGAUAAGAGGAUAGCACAACUUCUCCAUCAAAUUGCUUUACUGAGUGACAUCAGAAGCGGCAGCGAAGCAAUUAAAAUUUUGAGGAACUCUUGAUUAUUGCUUCCUGUGCAAGAGAUUCAUUCGGUUGUAAUGUCGUAUAGCAAUCUGGUUAGGUACUUACAGAAUGUUGCAUCAGGAAGUACUCCAGGAUCGUGUAGCCUAAUUAUAGUUCAGUUGCGUGAUAUUGCAUAUAUCUGAUGUUUGUGUAAUUGGAGAAAUACACCUCCUUCGCCUUGGGACAAAACCUCCAAGAUUCAACACUUAAUCCCCCUUUGUUCUUAAGAUUUGUAAAUAGAUGCAUGAUAACAUCGCCAGUUAUAAAAAUGUAGAAAUUGUUGUUCCAA